AACAUGUCAUUCUCAUCUGGACUAGUGUUUUUAGUGAAGACUGGAACUUUUAUUUUUGGAUAAAUUUGCUAUAAAUUUGCGAAAGCAAUAUCUUUCUUGUUUUUCGUUUACUAAUUCGAUAGUAAAAUAGGGGCGCAAUGUCGGUGAUGGAGUUCCUGAAGGACUUGCCGUCGUACGACGAACAUAACUUCACGUUAUUUAACACGGACUCCGGCAUAAGAAAUUGUUCUAAGAGACCAUCGAUAUAUCUACCUACAAAGGAUAUUCCUUCAGAUCAAAUUAUAGUAACAGAAAAAACAAAUAUCUUAUUAAGAUAUUUACAUCAACAAUGGGAGAAAAAGAACAAUAAUUCUCCAAAGAAACGUGACCAGGGCCACAUAGAACAAAAUGGUGAUGAAAGCCGACCCCGCAAGAGGCCCUGCCUUAACUCCCCCCUGAACUGAAGCUAUUCUCAACUCUCUGUGCUACAGUUAUGGACAGUGUGAAGUGUACAUUUGUUUUGUAUUUACCUUAAUAUUUCACAUUUACAGAUCAAAUUAUAUAUUAAUACUUGAAACACAUUGGUUUUAUGUUUUUUGAGAACUGCAGCUAAGUGUUAUGUGCCAUUCUCAAAUUUCAUUAAAAAGCAAUACAGUUGAACAUGGAUAAGCGAGAGCCAUUGUCCGGUCCCGACAGAUAAUGUCCGUGAGAAUCUUGAGUUAGAGAGAAACCUAUAAUAAAGAAAUAAAAUAUUGUGGUCCCUUGGUCUCUCGCUUAUUAUUUGAUUGUAAUUGUUUGCUCUGUACUUCAUUAUAAGUUUUUUGUAUUAAUACAAAUUCAUACAGUUUUGUAGAAAGAUCUUGGUUUUGUUAAUGCUGAAAGUAAUUAUUAAUACAACAUAUUUCUAAGAAAUUAAGCUACAACUUAUUUUUAGUUUUUCAAUUAGCCUAUUAUAAUUAAUUAUAUCUUAAUUUUCAUUCCAAUGUGUAAAUUGUGAGUUUUGUUUUACUUUAUUUUGCAUAUCAUCUUAAAUAUAAAAUCCUACAUAAACAAGGUGAUUGACAUUCACUGCAAUUCUACAUAACCACAAAAAAUCUAAAUGUCCUAGUGCAAACAAAAAAAUUCUACUUUUAUAGAUUUCUAGGGCACCUUUGUUAUUGUCAGAAAACUCUAGAAAUUUCAUAUGUUAAUUUUAUUCUUAUAAGAUUUACUAUAAAUAAAAUGCCAUUAACAUCUUGCUAAUCCUUUGUGCACAUGGCAUCUUUUUUACUUUUAAAUGAAAUUCAUUCAAAACACUUAUGUAUAAGCUUUUAUUUAUAUCUUCAAAUGUGUUUUAACAAUUUGUGCAGAAAUGACACUGUUCAAUUGUUACUUUAGAAAUGCUUUAUACUUCACUCAUAGUAUGUCCAAUUUGUUUUUUUCUAGAGUUUUUAUGCAAAAAUAAAAUUUUGUAUUCAA